AUGCGUCUGAACACUAGCCUUGCUUCUUUGGGAGCAUUUUUACUGCCAUUGGCCUCGGCGCAAUCGCCUGGCGGUACUGGGAGCAGUAAUGUGUCAAGCAGUUUGGGUCCCGAUGAGAACGGCUUUUAUUGGAUUUACAGUGAGGGUCUCUCGGCCGCAUUUAUUCCUUACGGCGCUUCCGUCGCAAAGCUCUUGAUCCACGACAAGUACGGUAUCGAGAGAGAUGUUGUGGCCGGCUUCGACAACGCUACAGCCUAUACGCUUGACAAGGCUCAUCCUCAUCUCGGCAGUGUACCGGGCCGAUACGCAAACCGGAUCAAGAACAGCACAUUUGAGAUUGACGGCGAAACAUUUCACAUUGAGCCCAAUGAGAACCCUACACCGGAAGCCCCCGAUGGUGCUGAUACUCUGCACGGCGGCCCCGAUGGCUGGGAUUUCCGCAACUUCACUGUCGUCUCUCAUUCAAAUGACAGUAUAACAUUCUCCAUUGUCGAUGCCGACGGCGACCAAGGGUUUCCCGGAGAGGUCAUCUCCUACGUCACCUAUACUCUCCACAAUUUCACUUGGGAUUUUAAGCUAGUAGCUAUCGCAACUACUAAGAAGACGCCUAUUAUGCUCAGCAGUCAUACGUACUGGAACUUGGACGGCUUUGCCAAUAACGAGACUAACACCGCCUUGAACCACACGUUCUACCUACCCUACAGCGGCCAGAGAGUUGGUGUUGACGACAUCUUAAUCCCGACAGGUGACAUCAUCGCCAACAAGAAGGGAUCUGUGAACGACUUCUGGAGCGCACCGAAGCAACUCGGAACCGACCUUCAGAAGCCUGAAGCGGAGGGUAACUGCGGUUUCAACUGCACCGGUUACGAUACUUGCUGGAUCAUCAACCGAAGUCAAGAGGGCCCCUAUGAUUGGCGCGCCGAAGGCAGUUUCGUCGCCCGUCUUCAGUCGGAAUGGUCUGGCAUCCAGCUCGACGUGUACACAGACCAAGAAGCAUUCCAGAUGUACUCGUGCAACGGCCAGAACGGCACGAUGCCUCUCAAGACGUCGCAGGGUCUCGUCGACAACGAGGACUUCCCCCGCACAAUCCCCCAAUACGGCUGCCUCGUCAUGGAGGUCGAGGACUGGAUCGACGCCAUCAACCACCCCGAAUGGCAGCGCGAGUCCAAGCAGAUCUUCGGCCCCGGAGGCGACCCCUACGUCCUCCAGGCCAGCUACGUCUUCAGCGUCAACACUACCACGUCGUCCUAG